AUGCAGGAUCUUACCGCCGAUGAGACCGAUAAUGAGUCUCAGGCUGAAGCGGAGAGUAUUCGCACAUCUUCUACAGCGUCACUAAGUGAAAGCAUUACCGAGUAUCGUCGCAUUCAUGGGCGUACCUAUACCCAGAAGACCGACUAUUGGGGUCCUAAUGACGAAAGACAGAACGAGGGACUGGAUAUCAACCACUACUGGAUGACCUUGUUCCUGGGUGACAAACUCUUCCUCGCACCCCUUGGCGACAGCCCCCAGAAUGUUCUUGAUGUUGGCACUGGAACUGGUAUUUGGGCCGUCGACUUUGCCGAUGAGUUUCCGUCAGCCGAUGUCGUCGGCGUUGAUAUCUCGCCUAUUCAGCCGGGCUGGGUCCCGCCCAACUGCAAAUUCCAAAUCGACGACAUUGAACAGCCGUGGACUUUCCCCGCCUCCCACUUUGAUUUUGUCCAUAUUCGAAAUUUGGAAGGCAGCAUAUCCAACUGGGUAGAUUUCUACAAGAAGGCCUUCGAGACGAUCAAGCCCAGCGGCUACAUCGAGGUCAAGGAGAUUGAUAUCGAGUGCCGCUCCCAGAUCCAAACCCUACCUGAGGACCACCCUUUCAAGAACUGGCCCAAGUUCCUCAGCCAGGCUUGUGACAAGAUCGGCAAGAUACCGAACCAGGUUCACGACCAUGGUAUUGCCAAGGGUCUCCGGGAGGCCGGUUUCGUCGACGUCGUCGAAAAGAAGUGGCCUAUCCCCAUCGGAGCAUGGGCCAAGGAUCCCUUGUUGAAGGAAGUUGGUACAUCAUCCUUGGAGUUCCUCGACCAAUCGCUCGAGGGAUUCGGAACAUUUUUGCUCAAGGAGAUCCUUGGCUGGGAGUAUGCAGAGAUCGUUAUUUUCACUAGCGAGAUGAGAAAGGCCCUGAAAGAUACCAAGAUCCAGCCCAUUAUGGAACUCCUGAGCAAGAGGCAACGACAGCUCCUGAAGUCUAAAGUCUAA